AUGAGUGCCCCGAAACCGCCUCCAGAGCAACAACCGCCGUCGCCUCCGAGCCAACAAGUGUCGUCUCCGUCACAACUGCAACCGCCGCCGGGGCAGCCGCAGGUCCCAGGAACUCCCAGUACGACCACUCCCAGCUCAAGUUCGAUGACCGAACUCAAACUCGACUCGGGGACCGUGUGCUCCGCUGCUGCUGCCUGCCUCUGCUGUUGCAUCUUUGCCUUACUGGCGAUCAGUUUGACGGCGUCACUUCUCGUCAGCAUCUUCAGCACCUUGAAGACGCCCACAGACGAGUACGUCAAGUGGGCGGUCAACGUUGACGCCAAGGAAUGCGCCCAAGUAGCCAAGGAGAUCGUGGACGACGGUGGCGCCAUAGGAGACAUCGCCGUGGCCGUCAUGCUGUGCAUGGGCGUCACAGCCCCGCAUCUCGUAGGCAUCGGCGGUGGCUUCAUCGCGCUCUUUUAUAACAAGACUUCUCGCCAAGUACGCACGUUAAACUCACUCGGUAGAUCGCCUUCUGCAGCCAAACCGGACAUCUUUUCUGAUGCAGCUCUCUACAAAUACGGUGCCACAGCCUCAAUUGUCCCAGGAGCCGUGGAAGGCUACGGGAGAAUCCAUAAGGAAUUGGGAGAACUCGAGUGGUACCGGCUUUUUGACCCUGCCAUCCGGCUGGCCAGAGAGGGUUUCACUAUCGGGCCCUACUUGGGCCAAACGCUAGAGAGGCACAGUGCCAACAUCGAAGCCAACGCCGACCUCAAGACGCGAUUCUGGAACACGGCGUCCAACACCGUGCUGAAGAACGGCGACCAACUGGUGCAAGGCGCGUUGGGGGAUACGCUUAGCGACCUGGCGAUCCACGGCGCCCAAUACAUGUACACGGGAGAGUUGGCCAAAGACAUCAUCGAUAGCGUCAAGCAGGGCGGUGGGAUAAUGAGCGACGCUGACUUGUCCGGCUACACGUCUGAAUGGACGAAAUCGGUCAGCGUGAACCUCAGCAACGGCCUGGUGUUCCAAUCGGCGCCCAUCCCCGGCAGCGGAACACUGUUGGGCGCAGCUGUGGCACAGAUAUCUCUCGACAACGCCAUCUUCAACGACCCCGGUGACACCGUCUCACAGAUGACUGCUGGGGACUUACACAGGCUCGUCGAGAGGUUGAAGUUUGCGUACGCCAGAAGAGCCGACUUCGGGGAUGAAGAAGAAUCGCGAAAUAACGAGUACCAGAUAUUUACCGAAAUAAUUGAUAAAAUCAAUAAGACGUACGACAGCCAUCGCCCUCUGGCGGACGCCGAGGGCUACGGCCUGAAGCACGUUUUCGCCCAAGACUACGGCGGCGCUCACGUAUGCAUCAUCGCGCCCAGCGGCGAUGCCUUCUCCAUCACCUCCAGCCUCAAUAACGAGUUUGGCAGCAUGUUCACCACAUCGUCGGGUCUGUUGCUGAACAACUACAUGGACGCGUUCGUCAAGCAUGCCAGCGAGGGCGCUCCGACGGCCAACCUUCUGGGACCGUCCAAGACGCCCAUGACUUCGAUGGCGCCCGUCAUUAUCACAAAGGUGUCUUCAAUCACGCCGGUGCAUUCGGUCUUUGGUGGCUCGGGCGGCAUGGCGGGAGUGUCGGCCGUUGCCCAGCUCCUCACAUGCGCCUCAAAGUACGCUUACCACGAGUGUGCUCUCAACGAAGCCCGGGUUCAUCCAGAGCUGGUAUCUAUGAAGUUCGUUGUCAACGUCGCCGGAAAGGACAAAGAUUUAAGAGCGAAGCAAAAGCUCAAGUCCUACGGCCACGAGGUGUCCGAGAGAUUCAUUCCCAGCACAGCCAUAGGCAUCAUGCCAACGCGCCGAGCAACCUACUUGGUCCUUAACGACACCAAGCACAUUGACGGCGGGAACACUGGUGGUUCCAUAACUAACCCUGAAGGCUAA